AUGAGCAGUGACAGCGGUCAAUUGAGGGGCUCGAGCCUAGUUCCUGUAGACACUACAGCAGUUGCUCGCAGAAGCUCUGUCCAAUCAUCACACAAAUUUCGUCGGUUUCUCAAGAAGGUCAAGGAUGGUGUAACGAAGAAGAUUCCUGCUGAGAUCAUACGUAAGCGCUCGAACAUGGAGAAUUUACGCAGCUGCGAGCCUGUUUCCCUAGACGUUAACCACGAAAACGCCUCGUCAACUCCGAAUAUCGAGCUUGAGAAUACCCCAUCUAAUGUGAAACAAGGUGCUGAUUCCCAAUCGGCGCUUCGAGACGCCAAAAAUGCUGUCAAAGGCAUGAAUCUACUUCCUGUAGAAUUUCGAGUAUCCGCCCAAAAUGCGUCAGGGGAUCUCGAGGGCGCAUAUAGUUUCCAGGAUACAUAUCUUCAACCACUCAGGAUAUUUGACAAUAUCAUCGGGAAGCUCGCGGAUGUACAUCCAUAUGCAAAGAUCGCACUGGGCGUCUUGUCUUGCGCUUCAAAAAUGGUCAUUGCCCAAUCGGACCGCGAUCAAGCAGUCAACCGUCUCGUUGACAAGUUGGAACAAGUUUAUGACUUUGUGAUGCAAGACGAGACGCUUGGCCAGAUUUCAUCGAUGCGGGGUAUCCUUGGACAGAUCUCUCAGCAGACCCUUGAAUGCGCCCGCUUCAUCAGAGAUUAUUCAGAGACCAAGAGUUUUUGUGAGUCUUUAAGCUAUUCCACAUUCCUUAUGCUCAGUCUUCUAUAA